ACAAAAAUGGAAAAAAAAAGGGCAAUCACAGUUUACUGUUUCAUUACAGAUAUGUUGACUCUCUGAAACUCUAGUCCGAAACGAUGGCGGUGGAAGCUAUUCUUGUGAAAGCCUUGGGACUGAUCAUCCAGUUGACAGCACCUCCUGUAAUCCAAUAUCUGCGCCCAAUUUGGGGAGGUGUUGAUGGGGACCUGGAGAAGCUCAACAGGUAUUUACUCCAAAUCCAACCUCUGGUUGAAGAUGCAGAGGAGAGGCAGCUCAUGGAUCAGGCUGUCAAGUCAUGGCUGAUGCAGCUCAGAGAUGUUGCCUACGAUGCUGAUGACAUCCUCGACCAAGCCAACACACAUGUCCUGCUCAUCCAGCGCAAGGCCGAGUUUUACGGUCCACUGAAAAGCAAGGUUUGCUAAGCAUUGGGAGUGGGCGGCCAUUCCGGCUUGUGGUUUAUCAGGAGGCAUCAUCACCCUUUGGUCUCGCUGCCUUGGCAGGGUGACUCCUGUCGCUGCUACUUCUAUGUCCCUUAACUUAGUAAUUACCUCCAUGGAUGGCCCUUGGAUCCUCUCCAUUGUUUAUAACUCCCAGAUUCUGGCUUUUCAGAAAACCCUUUGGAACACUCUCUCCAGAAUUGGCAACACUCGCCUACCUUGGGUCCUUGCGGGUGACUUUAAUGCGGUUCUCUCUGAGUCGGAAUUUCGUGGCGGCAACCCUCGUUCUUAUUCUUUUAAAUCGCACUUGUUUUCUAAUUUUGUUUCUUGUAAUGCCUUAAUUGAUGUUGAUUUUGUAGGAUCUCGCUUCACUUGGUGCAAUAACCGGACGGGGUUGGCUUGCCGCUGGGCACGUCUUGAUCGGUUCCUCGUCAACAGUGAUUGGGCUACUCACUUCUCUUCUAUCCUUAACCGUCAUCUCCCGAGAGCUUGUUCUGAUCAUUCCCCCCUUUUGCUGGAGACUCGCUCUUAUGCACAUUCCAAAAACCCUGUUUUUCGCUUUGAUAACUACUGGUUGGAUUAUCAGGGGUGUCAUAGCAAUAUUUUGAAAGCUUUUAAUGAUUCUUCCAGUUCCUCUUCUCCCAUGCAUUCUUUCCAUCACUGUAUUAACCGUGCUAAGCAUAACCUCAUUGCUUGGCGUGUUGCAGGUUUAAGACCUAUUGAUAUGGAGAUCACGAAUCUAGAAGCGGAGAUCACUGCUACAGAAGAGAGUGAUCUUUCUCUUCCGGAUCCGUGGAAUCAUCUUUGGCUCCGUUCCUUACGCAAUCGUCUUGCUUCCCUUUUGCGUCAGAAUUCCAUCUUCUGGGCUCAGCGAGCACGGAUGCAGUGGAUUAAUCAGGGGGAUGUCAACUCUGCAUUCUUUCACCGGGUCGUCAAGGCCCGUCAGGAUCUGUCGGUGUAUCCUGUGCAUCUGCUCUUGAUGCUGAGCUUCUUGCUAUUCUUUUUGCCCUGGACCAUUGCUCUCUCUCUGGUUGGACUCCUUCAAAU